UUUUUCUUCUUCUGAAGGAGGUUUUGAUGAUGAUUGUCCACUUCCUGGACUUGAUGAUGAUUGUCCACUUCCUGGACUUGAAAAUAAUGUUGGUCAGGAGGAGAUUGAUGACACUGCUAUAGUGCAUGUGAGAUCUGUUAGGGGACUAUGUACCAUGCCCGACAUAGUCAAGAUGCGAAGUGAAGGUGUUAAGGUACCGAUCAAGUUCAAUGAAUAUGGACAAGUGAUUGGUACAAUGAGAUCAAAAUUGGGAUCAAUGAUCGGAUCAACUAUCAAGAGGUGUGCUUCAAUCACACACGCGAGUUGUGAUAAAGUCCCUAAAUCAGACAAAGAAAAUUUUUGGAAAAUCAUUAAGGCUACAUUUGACAUAUACCAUAAAUCAAAAAGAAAAAUUAUGUCAAGGGCAACAAAACGAUGGAGAUUAUUCAAAUCCCAUCUGACUAAGGUAUGCAUCUAUGAUGUACUUGAUGCAAAUCCGACCAUCAAGACGUUCAAUAUGCCAAGAGGUUACUCACAAUUGAUCACUAAAACAGAAUGGGAUGAGUUCUGUGUUUCACGCAUGACUGAUGAUUGGAAGAAAAUAAGAAAAAUACAUCAAGAUCGUCGAAAAAAAAAUAAACACAACCAUCAUAUGUCACGAGGUGUGUAUUUGUUGGCACUGGAAAGGCUGCAACAAAAAAAAUUUGGACUCGAGGUGUCUGAAAUCGACAGGUCACAGUUGUGGUUGGCGGGACAUUCUAACAAAAAGGGUGAGCCGGUUGGUACCGAGGCAACAAGCGUAGCUCGCAACAUAGAGCACUAUACUAAGCUCAUGAGUGAAGGAAAAUUUGAACCUGAUGGGUCUUAGGGAUGUGCUUACUAUGGCAUUAGGCACCCCUGAGAGCAGAGGGCGAGUGAGGGGUAUUGGGCUCGGUGUAACGCCUAGCCAAUUCUGGAAAACCCCACUAUCCAGUAAGAAAAAGGGAAAAGAAUUUGAGGCUUCCUCAGUUGAGGCUCGAUUUGCAAUGAUGGAAGAAAAAUACCGUCAACAAGAAGGAAUAAUGAAACAACAACAAGAAAUGAUCAAAAGACAAGAGGAAAUGAUGCGACAGUUUAAGGAACAGAUAAAAGGACAACAUAGUGGCUUUGGAGGAUACACUCAUGCGUCAGUGCCAAACUAUGGAUCACCCAUAGAUCAGGUGACACCAUCUCAUCAGGCAUCACCGAAAUCGCAGCAUCAACCUCUAGCACCCCCGCCCCCACAACCAGAAGAGGCACCUGUGUUUAUCCCCACUUCUGGAUCAAAUCAGGAUAAAAUGAUUGAAUGCAAAUUUGCAUUAGGCUCUAUCACCAACAUCGUUGGUAGGGGAUACAUUCUAGUUACUAGUAGCUCAGACAUCCAUGGAGAAAACUUAGGAGAAAACUACCGCGGUGCAAUUGAGUUUGCUGACCAACCUGAUGCUCUACUUGUUAACCCGAUCCCUGACAGUGAGAUUUAUACAGUCAAACAAGCUAUUGGGAGUUUGAUACGUUGGCCCAAGUCGCUAGUCAUCUUCAAUGGAGCAACACAGGAGGUCGUGAAAAGAAAAGGAAAGCAAGCUGGGAAAAAAACUUCUCUACCAUUAGCACCACAAACUUAAAAACUAGUUCCAAAACGAGCGCCUAAGGAGUCAUUGUCACAAGAGGUGCAACAACCAUCUUCAUUGUCGCCUAAGUUAAGACAAGUUUUUGAAAUCGUCAAUGCUUGGCCUAAACAUGAUUAUGCCGUUGAAGUGUCUAUUGACUUUGAUGUGUUUGGCCAUGCUUGUGAAUAUUUUGCUCUAUUUCGGGAUGAAAUACUUGAAUUUUGUAGAAAUGAGAUGAUUGGACAAUCAUGUAUUGUCUUCUACAUGAGGAUUUUGUACCAGACACUAUUAUUAGACGAGGAAAAGAAAGGAUCAUUGUUGUUUAUGAAUCCGAAUAAGGUUUCUA